GGAAUAUUUGAGUGCACGAGGACUUCUUCCUACUUUCACUUUACUCUAAUUGUUCCAGUUUGUUGCCAUUCUCUCCUCAUGAGGUGUAGUUACCCCAGAAAUGUGCUGAGUUUCAGCGCAAAAUUGUCUCGUAGACUUACAACGCCUCAUCCCAACUACGCAAAAAAUCAAUUACAAUCCCGUCUUUUCACUUCAACUUCGAAAACCGAAAGAAAUUCCAAUGAUCAAUACAUGACUUCCAAGACCAGGCUGAAAAAAAAGUUGAAAAUGAUGGCUGAUAAAAACGAGAUAUCUCCAGCCCCCCCUAAAAUAUUCAGUGAAAUCUCUCUCGAGGGAGGCCGCAACUGGCAGGGUGAACAGUCGACGGAUCAACCGCAGACAUGGGGAACGUUGAAGAAAUUACUUAAAUCCGAAAAAAUCUACCGCUCAUCAAGAAAAAAAAGUCCUACUCUCAAGGCAAAAGAGUCCGAUCCACGAGGGCCUUGGAUACCUUUCAAAGCAUUACAGCGGGAUAGAAUUAAUCCACCAUCGGCGGAAUCAGGCGGAAUACCCGAGCCUUCUCAAUCCUACCUCGACUAUGCGUCGCAUCCGCCCUUCGUCCUACCCGACCCGCGCGUCAUCCUCAUAGUCCUCGACCUGAACGGCACCCUCAUCUUCCGCCCGUCAAAAGAAAACCCUCACAAAUUCGUAUUGCGCCCGUACGCGUUCGAAUUCCUAGCUUACUGUAUCCGCACCUUUAAGGUCGCCAUCUGGUCCUCUGCACGGAUAAAGAACAUCAUCAUGAUAUUAAAUAAAAUUCUCACCGAGGAGCAGCGUUCUCGGCUUGUUGGAGUCUGGGGCCGUGAACACUUUGGUCUCUCGCAGGACGACUUCAAGAGCCGAACCAUGUGCUACAAGAGACUAACAAAGCUAUGGGACGACCCAGCGGUCCAGGCCACUCACCCGGAUGCUGGGCUAGAUAAGCGUUGGGAUCAGACCAACACAUUGCUUAUCGACGACUCAGUUGAGAAAGCUCGCAGCGAACCCUUCAAUCUCGUACAGAUUUCCGAGUUCCUAGGCAACCCUACCGAGACGGGAUACGUCAUUCCCCAGGUCCACGAUUACAUAAACGAGUGCUCCCGUCAGCUCAAUAUCAGCUCGUAUAUCAAACAGAAGCCCUUCGUGCCCGAUUACAAUUUCGUUCUUGAAGCUCCGAAGAAACAAUGGUGAAGUACCGAGGCAAGACGGACCAAAAUAAUGAUACGAAGCAUUGUGAAAAGCCUCGGCGAGAAAUCAAUCGGAGGUGCCAGGGAAUAACUAUAUUAGAUUAGAUACCCCAAGGUAUGGAGUGUAUUGGAAGACUUAGGAUUGAGCACCGGAGUUCUAUGGCGUUGGGUCAAAGAGUGACGUUUUGCGAUGGAUACGGCAUUGGUCCGAUGUGGGUAUUGCUUGCUUUACUAAGCUAUCGCAUCUCGAUUCACAUUGGGGGUGAGAGAUGGCGGGAGAUUCUGCUUGGCUAGGGGAUCAGGUUAACGAUCUGGAUGGAUGGUGAAUACUCAUCUUGAUGCCCCUUUUCUACUCUUUAACCUCCAUCCAUCACUCCCCUCGUAGCUCAGUAAGUAGGUACGUCCCUAGAGCGCGAGAAGCUUCAAUUAGUGUACCAAAAUACGAGACAGACCGAUUUAUUCAUCCGACUCGAAUGUCAUACCCAAAUCGAGUUACAGAUGAACCAUUCUCGAUCUGUCUGGUCACCUAUACGGAAGCUUACUCGCACUUCUAGAGAGGGCAUAUUGCUGAGGCCGAGAUGGCUUCUCUCGUGGCCGUUAAGCACCUUCUUACUCAAGUACCUACCUAGUUAGAUACUUUAAUUAGGAGCAACAGCUUCGAUGAGCCUAGCAUAAAGGGUUCAAUGCCUACCUAUAGGUAGCAGUCAACCUCAAUUAAAAGAACUGAAACA